CUCAUUCUUUAUUGUUGUUAUUAUUAUUCUCGUUCGUCUCGAUUCAUCUUCAUUCAUCAUGGCGAGCAUGCAAGUCGAAGUUCUCGAUCCCAGCGGAACUGGUAGUCAUUUCGAGGCUGUCGUGGAAGACAUGAUGGACUCCAAGGUCUUUGUCAGAUUCAUCAACGGUCAAAAGGCGUCCGCUUGGGUGCCAAUGGAGCACACUCGACCCGCCGCGGGUGGAGCACCCUCCGAUGUGACUGGGGUGCGGUCCGGCUCCAAUGCGCCGCACCAAAUCCAUUUCCACGUCAAUGAUCGCGUCGAGGUGUACGUCAAGAAGGACAUGACCAGCGAGCUGCCAGCCAGUUGGUGGCCCGGAAGCGUGCUGUCGUCCGAUGGCGAUACGUACCGUGUUCGAGUGAACGGCACUCAACCGUUCACCACACUGUUUCCUCGAGAGAUUCUGCGUCGCUCCAACGAUUCGGCGUACUACUCUUCCAUCGGCCUUGAGCGCAUCGAGUUUAUUCCGCCCCCGGAGCGUAUUGCCCAGCUCCAGAACGAUCGAAACAACUUGGCCUUCACCGAGCACUCGGGCGCAGCCAUGGCCAGAAUUCGCAACGUCCAAACCGUCCCUAACGCUCCUCCGAUGUGGCGUUUUGUCGUUCUGGGCACUGCUGCUGCUAUGCGCAAAGCCCGACUUCUCAUCGACGAGCAUUACCGGUUUUUGAAAGCGCUUGAGGCGCGGAACAACGGAAUCCACGACCAGUUCACUGUACCGCGUGACGUUCUGGGAUUUGUGAUUGGCAAAGAGGGUUCCAAUAUCGCGCAGGCCUCUCUCAUACCCGGCGUGUCCAGCAUCGACGUGAACAAGGAGACUGGCGUGGUUUCCAUCAUCGCUUCGAGUACUGAGGCGAUUGAGGAAGCUCGUUCGUUGCUCAACCUUCGCGAGGUGAAAAUGUCCAUCCCUCUGGCUGACGCAGACCGUGUUUGGAAGCAGCAGGAUGACUUGAUCUCCAAAGCGUCGCUCCACUCGAUGCGAGUCACUCCCCAGGAACACCAGCACCGCGCUGAAGUUUCGCUGAGGGGCACCCCGCAGCAUGUCGAUGAUGCUCAGACCCUUCUCAAGUUCAUGCUCGCCGUCGAAGCCCUUCCCGUCAACAACCACAAUUGGCGAGCAGGCCGGCGAGGCGAGUUCCGCGAGACGUAUCGUCGCCAAGCUCCUAGGGAAAGCGCCAAUGACAACCGCCACCCUACGUCCUCAACUGCACACGCGGACAAGGGGAAGCGACCAGAAACGGCAGCACAGCCAGAUAAUGCUCGCGAUCUUGACAACAAGCGAAACCUUGCUGCCAAAUCACAGGAAAAUGCGUCACGCGCUUCCACUUCUGCUUCUGCUUCCCAUUCCCAGGCGUCGCAGAGCGGUCAGGCUUCCCACCGUCAGUCCGAUGGGCGAAAUUCGCGCCAGGAGCAACAGCAACAGCCAAAGCAGCAGCAACAGCAGCCGAAGCAACAGCAACAGGAGCAGCCGAAGCAGCAGCAGCAGCAACAACAAAAGCAGCAGCAGCAACAGGAGCAGCCGAAGCAACAGCAACAGGAGCAGCCGAAGCAACAGUCGAAGCAGCAGCAACAGCAACAGCCGAAGCAGCAACAACAGCAACAACCAAAGCAGCAGCAACAGCAACAGCAACAGCAACAACAAAAGCAGCAACAGCAACAGCCAAAAGACCAAAAGCAACAACAGCAGCAAGGCGCCCCACAAGAGAAGCCAGAUGCAAAGGUGCAAGACGAGGCUGCGCCGCAAAGUUCUCAACCUCAAGAGCAGUCAAAGCAGCGACGACAGCGCGGUGGCCGCCGCGACGAGCGGGGCAAGGAGCGACAGCAGUCCGAGAAACAGCAGCCGGAGCAACAGCAACAGCAACAACCACAGCAAACUGAUCAAACGCAGUCGGUGCCGCAAUCCGAGCAAAAGCAGUCGGUGCCGCAAACGGCUUCCAAGCAUGAGGCAGAGCCGAGCCGAAACCAACCUCAGCCACAGCGAGAGCCGAAGAAUCGCGCGCGCCAAUCCGCUCAACAGCCGCCUGCAGCAUCAGCAUCUGCUGCUGCUGAUAACUCUGACACGAGUGCAGCUGGCAUCCAGCAGCAGCAGCCCGCGACUGCUGAGGGAGACGAGGCGGCGCAGGCGAGUAAACAGGCUGCCGCCCGGCUUGUGCAAGGUCGCAAGACGCCCAACCGCAAGCACCUUGAUCAACAGCGCGAGUACAAGGGUGCUCAGUCCGCUGACGCGCCUGCCUCGACCUCGUCCCCUGCCCCCGAUUCUGCCGCGAUUGAUAGUAGCUCGGCAAAGAGUUCUCAGGAUACCGCUGCUUCAACCCGCUCGCCCAAAAAGGCCACUGAGCCAAAGCGUCGCGUGAAUGGUCAUUCAAAGUCGUCCAACGCCUCGGCAUCGGCCUCGGCUUCGCAGGCAGCGUCGCCCGCUGCCACCUCGUCCUCCUCCUCGCCCGCGCCCGAGGCUGCUGCCGAAUCUGCGCCCGAAUCUGCCCCCAAGAUCGCGCCCGAGUCCACGCCCGAAUCCGCGUCCACCACCAGCCCCGCGCAGGCUUCUGCCCCUGAAAGUGCUGCAGCAGCGGCCGCGAGCGAGUAGUAGCGCUGCUGUGUUUCACAUUUCGAAUUCAGGACGCUGUGUUUCGUCGCUCUUUUGUGUUUUUGUAUGCCACCUUUUGCCAAAGCAUUCCGAACAAAUCAAGCAAGUUCUCAAACCCGGGUUUUCACAGGUUUUAUUUGUUGAUGUUUUAAAUUUUGAAUUUCAACACAUUGCUUCUGGA